GACUCUUUAUGGACAUAUGGAUUUUUCUCGCCUUUUCUUUUUUCCCUUUUCUUAUGUCGAAACACAAAAGAACACUGGACAAGGAGCACGUUCAACAAUUAUUGGCUCUUUUUCCUAAAGGAGAUCCUGAAUACUUUUAUGCUUGUCUUCAGUAUUAUAAACAAGACCCUGUAGAGAGAAUAACAGAGAAAAUUCUUGAUAGAGGAGGAUAUUACCCUCAACUUCCAGUUCAGAAAAAAGGAGAUAAUCGACUGAAUGCAUGUCUUAGCAUAUUAGCACUUGAUUUGUUCCCUGACUGUGAUGUUAGUUAUCUAAGGGAGCGUGUUCUACAGUACUCUUAUGCUCAUAUUGAACAAGUGGUAGAUGCCAUUCUAUCAACUGGUAAAUAUCCCGAGAGGCUAGAAUACGGCAAAAUGGACCCAUCCGAGGGGAUCCGUAGCGAAAAAUAUAAAUCACAAGCACAACUUCAAUUGAUACAAGAUUAUCCGCAAAUCUGGAAAUCUUCUGUUCGUGCAGUAUUAGCAGAGAAUAAUUGGGAUUAUAUCAAAUGUUAUGACCAUUUAAAAGAAAUGGGUUCAAAUGGAUUUUGGAAUACGAUUCGGAAUUUUUUCUUUUACUGGUCUUCCACACCUUCACAUCAUACCAAACUGACAGUAACAGAUCCCGAUUUAUUGGAUCAAUUGAAUCAGUUACAGCAACAUGCAGUCAGAAAACAAGUUGAAAAAGACCGACAAUUGGCAGUACAAUUGAAUUUGACAGAAUAUACAGAUCAACAGCAACUCAUUACUUGUGAUUGUUGUUACUCUGAUGAAUCCUUUGAACAGCUUGUGUUUUGCAGUGAAGGACAGCACGCAUUUUGUCAUAGGUGUGUAACACACUACAUGUCAGAAGGAUUGUUUGGACAAGGCACACUACGAUCUCAGCCUCGUAUUCAUUGUAUUUCUAUGGAUGAAUGCACAGGUUAUUUUGGACAGAACACACUAAGGCACUUAUUAUCAGAUGAUAUCUGGAAAGCAUAUGAAAGCUCUUUACUAGAAGAAGGUGUGAGAGCAGAACAACAAGUACUCUGUUGUGCAUGCCCUUACUUUGAGCUGGACGAGUCUACCAAACCAUUGGAAUGGGUGUAUACUAAUCGUGUGCUGAAAACAAUGGCACGGUGGAUGAUGUGGGACAUACAACAAGACUUAGAGAUAGCGUAUGGUCGUGUUACAAAAUCACGAAGAGGAAGUCUAUUUCAGUGUAAAAAUCCAACUUGCAAAACACUGACUUGUUUGACUUGUCGUCGACCUGUACGUGGUGCUCAUACAUGUUGGGAAAAGGAAUCAGACGGGCUAAGACUCUAUGUGGAAAAAGCCAUGGCAGAUGCUGUCAAGAGAACAUGUCCCAAUUGUUUUCUUUCUUUUCAGAAAUCAGAUGGCUGUAAUAAGAUUGCUUGUCCUUGUGGCUACAAGAUGUGUUAUGUUUGUAGAAAAGAUAUUGGCAAAGAGUCCUAUGAUCAUUUCUGUAGUCAUUUUAGAGCUAUACCAGGUUCUAAAUGUAACGCAUGUAACAAAUGCGAUUUGUACAAGACAGAACCCGAAAAUGAAGCAGUACAAAAAGCAGCAGAUAGAGCUAAGAGACAAUAUAUCCAAGCUCAUCCUGAAAUUGCAAGUUCAGACAUGUUGAUUGGGCCAGCAAGUGCAAUGGAUAAAUUAGGUGAUUGGAAACAACAAACUACACUCUGGAUACUUGAGAAAGGACUAAAUUUGAUUGUUUGAUACCCACUGGUUCUUUUCAUAGUAAUAAAAACUGAGAAAGAUAUAAGAUUGUAGAUUGACAAGACGAAUUGUAAUACAAAACAAUGUCAAAUACAAUAGUUUCUGGAAGUCUUGAUUCAAAAAAAAAUAU